AUGGUAGUCGAUGCAUUGAACCGUAGAACUGUUACUGAUUUGAAAGUGAUGUUUGCUCAUCUCAAUUUGUUUGAGGAUGGUAGUUUACUGGCCAAACUUCAAGAUCGACUAAAGGCAGCUUCGGACAAACAAAAGUUAUAUGUGGAUCUAAAGCGUAAGGAGAUUGAGUUUGCUAUGGGGGACUUGGUAUUUCUUAAGGUCUUGCCAUGGAAGAAGAUACUAAGGUUUGGUCGGAAGGGCAAGCUAAGCCUUAGGUUCAUUAGGCCUCAUCAUGUAUUGAAGCGUAUAGGACCGGUUGUCUAUCAACUCGAGUUACCUCUAAAGUUGGACCGGAUUCAUAAUGUGUUCCAUGUCUCUAAGUUGAGGCGGUAUCGCUUUGAUCCUACGCAUAUCGUCUCGACUGAGGAGGUUGAGGUUAGACCAUACCUAACUUUUGAAGAAGAGCCGGUUAAGAUUUUAGAUCGUGAUGUGAAAGUUCUGAGGAGGAAGUCUAUUCCAUUGGUUAAGGUGCUAUGGCGUAAUCACAAUUCUGAAGAAUCCACGUGGGAAACCGAGGAGGCGAUGUGA